GCCAAACAGCGGAGGAGGAACACCAACGGCCUCCAACUUUUUAAUGACAAAGAGAAACUAACUGCCAACAGCCCGAACACAGCGACCACCAUCAUCAUCAGAUGGAGAGGAAGGAGGAGGUGAAGUUUGGCGGAGCAGCCAUGUCUCUGCCGGCGGAGCUGAGCUGCCUGCAGGGCGGCGGGGGAGCCGAGGGUGAGGCGGCGCUGGCAACUCUGGAGAAACAGCUGAUCUGUCCCAUCUGUCUGGAGCUCUACAACAAACCGGUGGUCAUCCUGCCCUGCCAGCACAACCUCUGCAGGAAGUGUGCCAAUGAGCUGUACCAGCCCUCCUUGUUCCAGGCUCGUACCACCAUGCAGAUUAACAGUGGACGUUUCCGCUGUCCAACCUGCAGACAUGAAGUGGUGCUGGAUCGCCACGGUGUCUACGGCCUGCAACGGAACCUGCUGGUGGAAAACAUCAUCGAUGUCUACAAACAGGAAGUCAGCAACAACAGCAAGGCCGCAAGCCCCCUGCCUCCUCCUCCACUUCCUGCUCAGGUGACGUGUUCAGACCAUGAGGGUGAGAGGGUGAACAUUUUCUGUCUCACCUGUCAGGUUCCUACCUGUUCUCUCUGUAAAGUGUUCGGGGCUCAUCAGUCCUGUCAGGUGGCUCCUCUGUCAGACAUCUAUCAGCAGAAGAAGGAUGAGCUGAAUGAAGGAGUUAGUUCUUUGGUGGCAGUCAAGGACAAAGUCCAGGCUUUCAUCAAUGAGCUGGAGGAGACUUGCAAAAACAUAGAGGAAAACUGUAAGACUCAGAAACAAAGUGUGUGUGAGAAGUUCAAUCGUGUGUUUUCGAUCCUGAAGGAGAGACAAAAGGUGAUGACGCAGAUAAUAAGCUCGGAGCAGGAAGAGAAGACAGGCCACUCCCAGGCGUUGGUGCGUUGCUAUAGAGACAGCUUGGAAGCAAACAGCAGACUGGUGGAGAGAGCAGUGAGCAGCAUGGAGGAGCCGGACAUGGCUGCUUUUGUUCAGAAUUCAAGAGAGCUGAUCACAAAAGUGAAAACAACGACCGGCUCCUGUCCAGCUGAGACACUGAAACUAGUUCAUGAGAGUUUGAGCCACUACAGAUAUAACUUCAGCAGACAAGAGAGAGCUCUGAAGAGCAUCGACUUCCUCAAAGUUGUGCAAAAUGUUCCUGAAGAACCAGAGGUGGAAAAGGAGCCUGAAGAACCCAAAGAGCCUUCUGUCCAGAUUGUAGAACCAAAACACCUUCAGGAAACCUCCCCACAGAACCCAGAAUCUGUUGUUGUGCAAAAUGUUCCUGAAGAACCAGAGGUGGAAAAGGAGCCUGAAGAACCCAAAGAACCUUCUGUCCAGAUUGUAGAACCAAAACACCAUCAGGAAACCUCCCCACAGAACCCAGAAUCUGUUGUAGAACCAGUUAAAGAGCCAAUCCCAAUACUUACAUCCCCACCAGUGACACCAUCUGCACCAACAACAACCCCAGUCCCGCCAGCUCCAGGUCUGGGGAGGGACUUUGUGGAGCCUGCAGCGGCGGUUCUGCAGCCGGAGACUGAGGAAGCGGACUUAAAUGACGGAGAAUCUGUUCUGAUGAAGAACAACACAGAGGAGGAACAAAAGCAGGCAGAGGGAUGUGCAGCUCCUGGUCCUGUUAAAGAGGGAGACGUCUGUGAAGAGCAGGAGGGAAUGAGCACACAACAGUGUGAGACAGUAAGUGAUGCAGGUGAUUGGACUGCACAGAAUGAGACAGAGGACAAACCUGAUGCUCUGGAAGAAGAAGAAGAAGAAAAAGAAGAAGAAGAAGAAGAAGAAGAAGAAGAAGAAGAAGAAGAAGAAGAAGAAGAAGAAGAAGAAGAAGAAGAAGAAGAAGAAGAAGAAGAAGAAAUGCAGACGGUAAAAGAAAAGGUAUAUGCUCCGUUUUCCCCCAACUGGUACAAACCCAACAGCAGGCACAGGCUAAACUCCGAUCCCGCAGGAGUACCAAAGGUUUGUGAUGCAGACCAGACGAUGAGUUCACAACCGGCUGGGGAUUCACGUUCAGAGGCCGAGAUCCAGACUGAGGUUGAAGGUGCAGUCCAAGUCGUGUCAGAACAGAGCAUGACUUACCCCAACCGACAUCCACCUGGACCAGAACAGCUCAAACUCUCCACUGAGCUUCAUUCUCAGCCACACUCUCCUCUCCCUCGACUCCGACACCAGUCAGAAACCCAACCUCUGUCUCAUCAUCAGUCACAACCCCAGAAGGUAUGUGUUGAGCUGGCCAGUGCUAUUACACCUGUUCAUUUUGUGAGCCUAACUAGGCAGACAGCAGGAGAAGGAGAGGAUAAGGAAGAGGAGGAGGACAUGCAGAGCUUCAGCCUCGUAGAGGGCAGUUUCAAUCUUGACGACGGUGUUUCUGAUAAUAUUGAUAGUCCAUCAUCAGUACCGGCAGAGCAGGCUCGUUCUGGGGUUGAGAGAGGGAACUUAGUGACGGACAAAGACAACUUUGAUGUCAGUGAUAGGAGGGCAGAGGAAGCAGAAGAGAAAGAGCAACGUGAUGAGGAUAAUUUAGAUCUAAAAUGUGCUUCAGAGUUGAAAGAUAAAGGGUCAGGAGAGGGUGACGCUGAGACAAUGAAUGAAGAGCUGGAAGAAGGAAGCAUGUGGUGUGAUAAAAGCAAAGAAAAAACUGAUGCUUUCUCAAUGAUGGAGGAUAGCUCUGAACCACAAAAUGUCAGCUUGGAUGCAGGAGAUCACGGUGUGGAGGCCACACAUAGCUCUGUACGGGGAGAAGGUGACACUGAGAUUGAGGCAGUUAGUUCAGAGUUUGCAGAGAAGAAAGAGGAGGAUGAAGAGAACAGCGAUCGGCCCGAAGACUUGAAGACUGAAGGUGAAGACACAAUAACCUCCUCUGACUCUCUCCAGAUGGAGACUGAGACAAGGAGUCCUGCUCAGACCAGUCCUCCUCUCUCCUCCUCUUCCUCCUCUUCCUCCUCUUUUAACCUUAGGGAAGCUCCUCGUCGACCCAGGUACUGCUUCUCCUGGCUGAACUCCCCCGACAAAAGGAGGUAGAGGACAGAGCAUUUUGGAGAUGAUGUUUUGCUGAGGAGAUAAAGAAAGAAGGAUGCACUCCAGAGUCAGUUUCAUCAGCUCAAUGAAACUGAGCAUUAAACAUGCUUGUCGUUGUACUUCUACUCUGGAGUUACACCAGUUUUAUCAACAUCUCUGUUUUGUUCUAAAUAUGCAUUCAGUUUAAAACAAAUUAGGAUAAAACAGGAAUAGAUAUGUGCUGGAUCUGUGUUCUUAAAGGGAAAAACUCUGACUCUGUUGGGCUUUUAUUUUGAAAACGUAUUGAAAGGAAGAAGCUGUUGCCCUUCACACCAAAGGUCUUCACAACUGUCAAGUUUGUUGUUUCAUGUUGUAUUAGCAGAGGAGUAGUCUUACUGCAGUGUAGAAGAAGUAGUAUUUGGAGGAGGAGAAGUAAUCAGUAUUGUAGUUUUUCUUUUGUUGUGGUACAACUAGUAGUCAGUGGUGGAAUGUAACCAAGUACAUUAACUAAAGUACUUUACUUAAGUACAAUUUUGACUUAUUUGUACUUGAGUACUUUCAUUUUAUACAAAUUUAUACUUCUACCCCAACGUCUCAGAAGUAAAUGUUGUACUUUUUAUUCCACUUCACUUAUCCGACAGCUUUGGUUACUAGUUACUCUUUACAUGUAAAAACAUUUGAAAAUAUGUAGUACUAUACCACUAAUAGUAUACAAAGUAUCUAAAAGUAUGACUUUUAGUAGCUAUAGCAGAACUAGUUCUCGUAGGAACCUCUGUUUACUCUAUUAGCCUGUUACUGUAGGUACAGAACAAAAAUUGUGCAAUACUUUUACUGCAUUUAAGUGUUCUAUCUAAUCAAAGAAUUCUUAAAUAUUAAAAAUCUCAUGCUGUGGAAGAUUUUUGUCAAAAGAAGAACUCAUGAAAGCCCUCUGUUAGCUCAUGUGACUCUUUAAUUUAAGAGGAAAUUAAAGUUUUUAACAGCAUUAUACAGGUGAAAUGUGCAAGUAGUAUUAGUUGUUCACAAUGCAGAAAACAACAGUUCUUAACCAGUUUGAGCCACCGAAAAACUAAUGAAUUUGGAUGUCACAUGUGAUUCAGUGUGGUUUGGUAUCAAAAACAUUUAUGAUAUUUUUGCAGCUUCAGCAGCUGCCGCAGUGUUUAAUGUGUAUUUGUGAGUGUUUUUCUUUUUUGUAAGCUGGUGUCUAUUGCAGGACAGAAUGGUUCAGAUGAGAUGAUAUUGUUUUUGUUUGAUAC